CAGUGACAUUAACACAUGGUCUGUCUGUCAGGAGCUCAGCUGACCCCCCAGAUCCCCGGGACUGAUGUCGGUUCUCAUUCCUCCCAGUCGCCCAUGACGCAGGACAGAGGUUUUUCUACGUCCCUGCAGCGGAGCACCCCGGGGCCUCAGUUUGGCCCCCAGCAGUCAGCUCCACCUAUCUCCCCUCACCCAGCACUGGGGGGGCCUAUGCACCACGACUCGUACCAGCAGGGCAGCUCAUACGUCCAGUAUGGCCCCCCAGGUAACUACCCCCACCCCCCCAACUAUGGCGGAGCCCCCAGCGCCAACUACAGCGGCCCGGGCUUAGCUAACAGCCUGGGGUUGAAUGCCAGCAGUCCGGUGCACGGUCAGGGCCCCUCUACGCCAGCAGGUCGUGGCCCUGGACCCAGCGCUGGGGGGCGACCUUACCCUGCUGGAGGGAGCUCCAUGGCCCCCACCUCACCGGGUAUGCCACAGCCUGCCGGUCAGGGAUUGAGGCCUCCGGUGGCCAACACCAGCCGCAAAACUCCAGAAGUCGGCAGGUCCGGUGCCAACUCCUCGUCCACCACUCAGAGCAGGCCUCCGUUCACCCGUUCACCCGUCUGCCACAACAACUCUUGGCCGGGGAGUCGACCCACCCCUCCUACUUCUCACCCCUCCCAGCAUCCUCACCCCCACCACCACCACCACCAUCCUCCUCCUCCUCCUCCUCCUCACCCUUCUCACGACUCCCUGCAGGGCACCAAUGCUGUGCAGACCCCCUCUGAGAAUUAUGGGCAUGGCAGCUACCCGGGCAUGGCACCGAUGGGAGGAAUGGGCCCUGGAGGCCUCACAGGUUCCUACAGCCAGCAACCAGGCAGUAACUCUGAGAGGAGGACACCACAGGGGCCCCCCUACCACAGCCCACCCUCAGGCCCCGUGAUGAUGGAGGAGAUGCUCGCUCAUCCAGACGCCAAGCAGAGGCUUGAGCUCAGCAAAGAGGCCGUUUGUCCAACCUCCGAACCUCCCAAAGCCAAGAAGCCCAGCGUGGCGACCAUGACCAAUGAGAAGAUCGACCGGCUGUAUGAGAUGGGCUCUGAGGCGGAGCGGAGGCUGUGGGUCGACCGCUACCUCUCCUUCAUGGAGGACAGGGGGACGCCUGUCCCAAACCUGCCCGCCGUCGGAAAGAAGCCGCUGGACCUGUGCAAACUCUACCUGACUGUCAGAGAGAUAGGAGGCCUCGCCAUGGUGAAUAAGAACAAGAAGUGGAGGGAGUUAUCGUCACUGUUGAACGUGGGGACGUCCAGCAGCUCGGCCAGCUCUCUGAAGAAACAGUACAUCCAGUACCUGUUCACCUACGAGUGUAAGGUGGAGCGCGGAGAGGAGCCUCCACCUGAGGCCCUGGGGCCCGUCGGAGACGCCAAGAAACUUCCAUCACUCCAGACCAAGAUCCAGCCACCCUCCCCAGCCAACUCGGGCUCCCUGCAGGGCCCCAACACCCCUCAGUCCAGCAGCAGCUCCCUGACCGAGGCCCCCGGAGAUCUGAAGCCCCCGACCCCUGCCUCUACCCCGCACAGCCAGAUGGGCCCCCAGCCUGGAAGCAGGACCAUGGGAGGAGUGAGCGUCCAGGACCCGUUCUCUGAAGGCAACGAUCCAGCCUUCCACAUUAAGCGAGGUCCUGGACCCGGCAGCGCCCCCUACCGGCAGGGAGGAGGUCCAACAGACCCUUCUUUGAGGAUGCAGUACGAUGCCAACAGAGACCCGUAUGGACCAAGAAAAGGUCCAGGGCCCGGCGAGGCCUUUGGUCCUGGUCAGAUGCCCAGCAGUGCAAUGAAGGACAUGUACACACGCGGGCCCCCCUCCAGGCCCCUGACAGGGAUGGGCCCCAGACCACAGUAUCCGUACGGCCCUGGAUAUGAGCGGAGGCUGGACCAUGUGAUGGGGCCAGAUGGAGGUAUGGCGCCCCCCAGUGGUCAGAACAACAUGGGUCCGACUGGAAAUGAGGCCGGCAUGUACCGGACUAACAGAUACCCCCAUCAGAGGCAUGGACAUGAUGGCUACGGGCAGCAGUAUCCUCACAGCGUGGCCUACAGUUCCCAUCAGCCCCUGUACCCUCAGCAGCAGGGCUACAAGCGUCCGACGGAGGGGAUGUAUCCUCCCUCCAAGCGUCAUGAGGGGGAGGGAUUUAGCGUGCAGCAAUAUGGCUCUCAGCAGCCCGACAUGUUUGGCCCCUCCUAUGGGGGAGGAGGCGGGGGUUACAUAGGCCCAGAGCGGCGGCCGAUCCAGGGCCAGUACCCGUAUCCUUACAGCCGGGAUCGCCAGGCCCCUCCACAGCAUGGCAUGAUGGGCUCAGGACCACCAUCGCUGUCCAGGGGCCCAGGGGAGGGGCCACAGACCAGCAUGUGGCACCCCGGGACAGACAUGGGCUACACACACAGUCGGCAGGUCCAGGGGCCCCCCUACCCUGGCAUCAGCCGAGGGGACAACCAGGACACCCAGUGGCCCCCUGGGCCCCUCGACCAGCACCAGCCACCCUACCCCCCCCACUCAUCCUCCUCUUCAUCCAUGCCAUCCAGACACCCCCCCUCCUCCUUCCAGGCAAGUGCCACUGUCCCUAACCAUGUGACCUGCUCCCUAAGCCCCUCCUCCUCCUUCUCCCGGCCAAUGGGAGCCUCUCUGUCUCUAAACAGCGCCCCCUACCUGCCCUCUAUGAAGAAGCCAGGGCUCCCUGGUGUCCCCCCAAUCCCACUCCCCACUCAGGGCCUCCCCCUCAUCAACAGAGAGGUCAGCUUCCCCCCCGGCUCCAUGGAGGCCACCGCCCCCAACCUGAAGCCAAGACGCCAACUCACCGCCAAGGACACAGGAACCCCGGAGGCAUGGCGGGUGAUGAUGUCACUGAAGUCUGGCCUAUUAGCAGAGAGCAGCUGGGCUCUGGACACCAUCAACAUCUUGCUGUAUGACGACAGCACCGUCGACUCCUUCAGCCUCACACAGGUCAGACAGCCAGGCCUGUGAUUGGUCAGUGUGGGAUGAUGACGUCAUGAUGGCGUCAUCACAACAAACUGACACGACUGAGUACAACACUGCCC